AUGGCCGGCUCCAAUGCGACUCCGAUCUACCCUGCCGGCACUGUCGCUAAAGUGUCGACAGAUAUUCUCAACGAAACCUUCCACAACAUCAUCCAUGAUCUAGUCGCCAAAGUCCACCGGGAGGAGAAGGUGGCGCGGAUGCGCUCUGCGGUGGUGCUCGCCAGACAGAAGGCCGAAGAAGGAGCAUAUGUGCCCGACGAGUCGCCCAGCAAGUCCAUCGUCGAUGGCAAACCCAGAGAUAUGGUUAUCGAUCCGGCCAAACUAGCCAACACACACCUCGAGACCGACGCCGCAACCUUCGACCAUGGCAAAGUGUAUCUGAAGGGGAACCCGAUGCAAACAGUCAAAGAAAUCAUAUGCACCGAAUGCCGACUGCCCCGUCUCUCAUAUCCACCCGCUGGUGUAGGGUUCCGACCUGCCCCCGAUCCAAAUCGCAAGUACUGCGAGAACGGACCGAUGAUCAUACUACCAGGCCAUGACGUCCACGGGAAGCUCUUUGCGAUCAUGCCGAACCCCAAGAAAAAGAAGACAGAGAAGGACAGUACCAUUCCCGAAGUCCCAACGAGCAAGUGUCCCGUCUGCCCCCGAUACUUUGUCAUGAAUCGCGUGGCCCAGCAUUUGGACCGUUGCAUGAACAUAUCCGGUCGCGGAAGCAGCACGCGUAAUAAAACGCCGACAGACAGUGGCGCAAGUGGCGCCAACAGCCCGACAUCAUCCGCAAAGCGCGCCCAUACCGACGAGGACGAAGGCAGCCCCAGCCCAACCAAGAAGAAGAAGCCGAAUGUGUCAAAGAAGGCCUCCACCAACAAGCCUGGGCCUAGUAAGCUGAAGAACUCUUUCACGGUGGAGGAUAACGAGGAUGAUAUUAAGAGCGAGAAUGCGGAUGCGUGA